AUGGACCAACGGGGUAUCAAUUCUACGCUUGGUCAAAGUGGCCACAUCAUUGAUGACCACUACAACAUCCCUGCCACAGGGGACUGGUUCAAGGUACAAUCUCAACACAUGCUCAACAACGUGUCUCUUAUACAGGAACUAAAGACUUGUGGAACGGUAUUUCCAAUCUAUUUAAACGGAAGUUUACCUAACGCCCAGGACGGGAUCGUGGAAAGGAUCGCCUGUACUGUUGGUUUUGGCAGUGUUUGUCGCCAACCAAUGAACAUCCGGAUAAAGAUGUGUGGACAUUAUUCUGUUUAUUUUCUUCAGAGACCGGCCAGCACUUCGUCAGCAUAUUGUUUUUCCUUGCCGCCAAAGCUUGGAAUCCCUAAACCUGUCGUGAAUGUUUCACUCGUCGACAUGCUAAGUCCUGUGUUCAACAUCAAUGUGCAGAGUUUACAAUUCAUCUGUGAUUUCACACUGUUAAACGAGGACGUUCAGUAUGAGGUCAUAUGGUAUAUAGACGGACAGGCUAUCAAUGAAACCAAGACUGCAAACAAAACAGACAUGGACCAAUUGGUUUUAGAAGAAGGACAUGGUCAACUGGAGCGACUCGGUGUGAAUGUGGCUUGUGCUGUAAGAGCCCGAUUGACAUCGGAUGAAAUGCCUGGACAAUUGUCUCCAAUAAGCGAUCCAUUUUAUGCAGGAAUCGAGUCUACACCUUCAGUAACCUUGCAUAGAGAAACUCCGAAGGCACAUAUUGUAGUUAAACCCACAGUACCCAUUGGCUGCCCGACAUUGUUUCAAGAUGGCUGCGAAGUGGUGGUAGAAUUGAUCAUUCCUGAGACGUACAAGUGUAGGGGCAGCGUUGGAGCAGUUCUACCUGUUGGGGCCCAGACCUGUGGCACACACAUCCGCCAUGAUGAGUGGGAUCAAGAACAUAAUAUCUACAUCGCUUGGUUGGACGAUCAGACGUACAGCGGACAUCCAGACAGCUAUAGAAUCAGUCUUCGUACAGCUAUCAAUAACUACAAUCCUAUCUGGAGUGAAGUCGUUCUCAAUGACGUUACCGUUCUGAUGGAAGAUAAUACAAAGGUUUGGAAGGGAAAGGAAUGUCAUGCUAUAUGUGACCCUCACAUGAAAACGUUUGAUGGAAGGAACUAUGAGAAUCAGAACGAUGGAACAUUUAUCUUGUAUGAAAAUGAUGACCCUAGCAGAAAGGUCCAGGUGCAAAUGAAGGUGACUCCCUGUAACCCCCCGGCCCACGUGUAUUGUGUAUGCGCCAUUGCUGUACGGGCAGGAGGAGAUGUUUUCGUCAUUGACCGCUGCCCGGGAAUAUAUCGUCCCGUAUUUCAAUUUCGCUCCUGUGAAGAUUACUUAUUAGAUGUCAGGAAAAUCAACGACAAUGUUUACAAAAUAUACCUACCUAGUGGUACCUACCUGAAUGUUCACUUGUGGCAUUACACUGGUAAAGACGUGAUGGACUUACAUAUGUAUCCGUCCGCGGCCGAUGUUUUCCAUACACGUGGUUUAUGUGGAACUCUAAACGGACGAACGGACGACGACUUUUCCACACCUGAUGGACAAAUUACUGGAGAUAACAAUAUUUUUGCCACUUCAUGGCGAGUUACUAAUCAAGAUGAAAAUCUCAUUACGAUGUCUGCUGGCGCUCUUGAAAAUUUGACAAUCUGGAACAGAACAGAGAACACACAGUUCUGUACGUGUAAUGGACCGUCACGCAACAUUUCAUGUACACAUGAUGCUAUAGCAACGUGUGUUAGGGAUGACGAAUCUCCCGUAGUAAAACAGAACCGAUGUCGGAACAGGAGGUCAAGGUCGUUACUACCAAUCGAUCUUGUGCCAACAUCAACUGCUCCACUUGCCAGUGCGAUGCCUUUACAACAGCAAUGGAAUGUGACAACAGCCACAAACUACUGUGAGAAAUUUCUCAAAGGAUCGACAUCAUUCAAUACUUGUGCCAAUAAGGUUCCAGCAACAGAUCCGGCCAAUUCUAUCGACUCGUGUGUCCUUGAUAUCAUGGCUACCCAGACAACUGUAUGGGCUACCUCUGCUAGGGAAUCUCUGAAGUCCGUCUGUCUGAAGGAACUGAAACAGAACACGACGUACCAGGAGGAAGAUUCGGCUGACCAACCUUCCAUUGCCCAGCAGAUCAAGGCGAUAACCUGUCCAAACGAAUGUAGUGGAUAUGGACAUUGUGACAAUGGUACCUGCGUUUGCACCAGAUUUUAUGGAGCAUCUGAUUGUUCAGUAGACAUCCGGGUACCUCCCCAAAUACACGGCGUGAAUGUCGACACCAGCGGCACUUGUGAUGUCAACGAGUGUCAUCUGGCGAUAGUUGAAGGAGAUACUUUUGUUGAUAUCGAGACUCUGACGUGUCAUAAUACGCUGUAUAAGAUAUACAUCAACGGUACAGAGGAAUCCUAUAUGCAGAUGUCAACGCCUGGACACUUCAACACACUGAUGGAAGUAUUCUGUCCGCUACCGCUCGUCUCACGUCUCAUGUGCAGUAACGUGUUUGCCUACAGGUGGUCACUUGGGGUCAGCAAUGACGGUCACCACGAUGGGAAUAUAUCUGAUAUAAUAAUCUACAACGGACUUUGUCAAAGUGUUAACCAAAGUACAUCACCGUCAGUAACGAUGCUUGAACACUUUUGCUUUAUUGGAGGACUCUGUGUUGCGGAAGGCAGUGUCAAUCCUCUGGACUCGUGUUCAGUAUGCAACACAAAUUAUUCUAAAUCAAGAUAUGAGUGGAGCAGAAAUCCUGAUUUGCCGCCAACGUAUAACAUACACAAACCUGUGGUGAAUGUUUCAAUCGUCGACAAACUAAGUCCUUUAUUUAACGUAAAUAUGCAAAGCCUACAAUUCGUAUGCGAUUUCACAUUAUUGGAUGAGGACCUCGUCUACGAAGUUGUAUGGUAUAUUGACGGGGAGGCUAUCAACGAGACCAAGAGGGCUAACAAGACGGGCACAGACAGAUUGGUUUUAGAGGAAGGACCAGGUCAACUGGAAAGGCUUGGUGUCAACGUUGCCUGCUCUGUUCGAGCACGAUUACAACCAGAUGGUGCUUUUGGGCUUAUGUCACCUACAAGUGAACCCUUCUACGCAGGCAUAUUAUCUACACCUUCAGUCACCUUGUAUAGAGAUAAACCAACGACGUAUAUUGUCUUGAAACCUACCGUACCUAUUGGCUGUCCAAAGUUUUUUCAAGAUGGAUGUGAAGUGGUAGUAGAACUCAUUCUUCCAGAAACGUAUAAAUGCAGGGGCAGUGUUGGAGCUGUUCUACCUGUUGGGGCCCAGACAUGUGGCACACAUAUCCGCCAUGACGAGUGGGAUCAAGAACAUAAGAUCUACAUCGCUUGGUUGGACGAUCAGACGUACAGCGGACAUCCAGACAGCUAUAGAGUCAGUCUUCGUACAGCUGUCAACAACUACAAUCCUAUCUGGAGUGAAGUCGUUCUCGAUGAUGUUACCGUUAUAAUGGACGAUAACACACAACUUUGGAAAGGAAAAGAAUGUCAUGCUGUUAGUGAUCCUCACAUGAAAACUUUCGAUGGCAGGUCCUUUGAAAAUCAAAACGCUGGCACUUUUAUCCUGUAUGAAAAUGAUGACGCUAGUAGAAAAGUCCAGGUACAAAUGAAAGUAACGCCAUGUAAUCCCCGGCUCACGCUUUCUGUGUGUGCGGUAUUGCUGUACGUGCAGGCGGUGAUGUUUUCGUCAUUGACCGGUGUCCAGGGAAAUACCGCCCGGUCUUUGAGUUCCGCUCAUGUGAAGAUCACCUCCUGGAUGUGA